AAGUGACGUCAUUCAAAAACAGGAGGAAGCCAUUGAUUUUCAGUAUUCAAAUUUUCGUUUGGAUUUUUCCUUGUAGAACAAGUAUAGAUGGUUCACUAAUCAUAUACUAUGUCUAGUAUACCACAGUGGAAGCAGGCCUUGCUUGAGAGGAGGCGCCGACAAGAUGAAGAAGCGCGGAAAAGGCACAAACAAGAGCUUCAAAAACUUUCUCAUAUGCCUGCGUGGAAACGGGAUUUAAUUUUGAAACGAAAAGGAUUCCUAAAUUCUGAUAGCAUUUCUUUGACUGAGACAGUGUAUAGUAAAACAAAUACAGAACAAAACAUUCCUUCUAACAUUUAUGCAAAUAAUGUGACUGAAAAUGGUGAUAUUCCUGAUACAAAAUCUAACGAAAAUGGGGAUGUAGAAAGUGACAUUCAUGCCACACCUUUUGAGUCCAAUUCUGACUCAUGUCUCACAAAUGGAUUUGAACUUGUGGGGAGUUUUGAAAAUGAGGAGGAAGCCUUGAACAGUCGAUUGGUUUCCAAUCAGUCCAAUAACAUGUCGAAUAUACCAAUAAACAGUGAUUUAUCGGUUGCUGAGGACAUAAAAUCUAGGCCUGCUAAUUCUGUAUCUAAAAGAUGUGACAGCUGGGAUAGUGAGACAGAUGUAAAGGGUACAACAAACUUAGUUACAUCUCAGACUCUUCAAGAUCAAGAGGCCGAGGAAGAGGAGAUGCAGUAUCAACCAGGAUUUGUACAUAAACUAUUAGGAAAAUUUAUUGCCCUGUCAAAACAGGAUCAAUCUGAGCAACAAAUGCCUUCACUACGCAGGACUCACAGCUUAGAAAAUAUUGUGGAUACACCAAGUAUUGAUGAAAAAUUAGAAUCGCAUCAUCCAAGAUCUAAUAUCUAUAUUCCUCCUCCUAUAAUUACGACAAGUCGGAUGAUAAAUGUGAACACUUUAUCGCCAAGGGAACGGUUAGGCUCAACAAGUCCUUUGAGUCAAGUCCAUUAUGAACAAGAUUUAGCCAAAGCAACUGAAAUUCUCCCAGAAACCAAACAGCGACAAAACCUUCCUCGAGAAAACUCAAUAGAGGGAGAUAAAAAAGUAGUUGAAGAGAAAAUUGAGACUGUUAAUAUGCAGGAUGAUAGUUUAUCAGAAGAGGCUGUCGUUGAAAAAGCAGUAGAUGAAGAGCCUAAAUUUGUAGGUAUUGCUUCUACAAAAAGUAAAUUCGAAACCCUUUCAAAACCUUCACCGAAAAAACGAAGGGCUCCACCCCCUCCCAAUCCAAUUAAACCAUGGGAAAAAGAAAAUGCUUCAAAUAAUGCACAAGUUGACUCAAUCUGUAAGGAAACAGAUCGCAAAGUUAUUAAAACAGAAAUAAGCAGCUCUACAAACAAUGAACAAGUAAAUACCAUAAAUGGUGUUGAACCAAAUGUGAAUGGAAGUUUACAUAAAGAAAAUAAAAUAGAAACUAAUAAUAAGCCAAAUGUAUUGAAAGAACAAAAUGACACGACGAAAGAGAUUCUUAAGAAGCUUAGGAGGUUAGGACGAUCUUGGCAUUAUAGCAAAGACCCAGAUAAUCGUGAUAUCCCUACUAAUGCUAUACCAGUUGACAUAUCUGGUCUAAAUGACAAAAUCAAUCUCAAAGUUAGUAAACCCAAAGAAAAGGCAAGCUCUAACACUAAUAUAACACUUACAUCUAUCAAACCUAAAACAGAUGAAAUACCUCAAACCAUAUCAAAGCCAAAACAGGAAAAUAAAAAUCUGACCAAAGCUGCACCAAAACUUCCAGUUCCAAAAGACACAUAUGCUCUCAAAAAGAAAGCUCCAAAGGUUGCACCAGCCCCAACCAAUAAUGACUCUGGUGGAUUUAGGAUACGAGCUGCUGACCAUAGUGCACCCGUACCUAAAACCAGAUCCUUUGAGCUUACAAAACGUUCUCGUAUACCACCUAGUGGAGAUACAGGAUCGGUGACUAUUAUAAAUAUUGGUAACGACUCUACAGAAUAUAUCUCUAAUAAGAGCUCGCCUGUUACCAAUAUUGAUGAUGUCACAAUAACAACAGAGUCUGUCCCUGUGACAAACAUUGAUGAUGUUGCAAUCGUUGAUAAGGAUAAGCGUGUUCCAGAAUCUUGUAACAUUGUAUUUAUUGGAGAAAAUGUCAAAGGAUCGCGGAACUGCAUGAAGAAAACAAGGAAUUAUAAGCAGAGUAAAUGUCAGUUCAAUGAAACAGAGAGGCUCUACACAUACCCUGAUGAAGGAUUCCUUCUACGCCAUCUUGACAUUACACCUGACUGGGAGCUGGAGAAAAACAACAAGAACCUGUGCAAGAACAACAAGGACGAUGAUGAUGAUGAGGAUGAGGUGAAACCUGCAAAGGUUGGCCCACUUGCACCAAAAGAUGUUGAUAUCGUGGAUGCUAGUGCAUCAGUUUCUGCUCUUAAGUCAACCCCAGGGAUUGGAGCCAGUAGUAAAGGAGAUCUGUCGAACUAUCGCUCAAAGUUCCAACAAGAAUUCGAAUUUGGGAAACGGGAAGAAGAGGAGGAGCCAAAAAUUGUUCACAGACCUGAACCCACCCCUGACCCAGAGGAUGUCACGGUGAAGCCAUCUGAAGAGGACGAAAACUUUGCAUGGUCAGAUUCUGCGACAUCAGACAUGUUAUUUUAG